AGCCGUUAUAAUGAGAGUUUUCAAUCAGUUUAAUCCGACGGUCCAAAAUUGCUCAAUUCAAACUUGAAUCAAUCAAAACCCUACCCUUCCAUUACAACGCUUAUAACGUUUACAAUCACUCUCUCUCCUCUAACUCUCUCUCUCUCACACACACACACUUGACGCUCUGAGCUCUUAGAGAUCUUCAAGUCUUCGUGUUCGUCCUCUAUCUCUCUCGUUCUCCCUCGUUCUCUUUCUGAAAUUCGCAAUCUUGCUCUCAUUUUGAAACCAUGGACGUUCCUUCUGAUCAAACGUUAGAAAUAGUUUCAGACAACUGCGAAAGUGCUUUGGAUCAAGAUUCCCAGCCUUCGGUCGUCUUUGAACGAAACAUUACCUCUGAUAAAUUUGAGGGCGAUUUUGAAUUGACGGAUGAGACGAGCAUGUCAAAUGGAACCCAAGAUGCCUCUGGAGAUCAAGGGCAGACCCUUCCGAUACUACAGAAAGUUAUUGAUUUGAGCACCAAAAUUCAGGAUUUGAAAAAGGAGCAUGCCGUCCUUUCAAAUCAAGUUAAGCUCACCACUAGUUCCUUUCCAGACCCUGCUGUUCUGAACACUCUUCAGUUUCUCAGUACUGAACAUGAACUUUUAAAGAAGAAGUACAUCAGGGAAUCCACUGAGAGAAAGCAACUCUACAAUGAAGUAAUCGAACUAAAAGGAAAUAUCAGGGUCUUUUGCAGAUGUAGACCCUUAAACCAAAGUGAAAUCCAAAAUGGUUGUACGUCAGUUGUUGAAUACGAUUCCUCUACAGAUAAUGAGCUUCAGGUCAUUUCCUCAGAUUCUUCCAAAAAACAAUAUAAGUUCGACCAUGUGUUUAGACCUGAAGACAAUCAAGAGACAGUUUUCACCCAAACAAAACCUAUUGUGACUUCGGUAUUGGAUGGUUUCAACGUGUGCAUAUUUGCGUACGGCCAAACUGGAACCGGCAAGACAUUUACAAUGGAGGGAACGCCAGAAAACAGAGGAGUCAAUUACAGGACAGUGGAGGAGUUGUUUCGUGUUUCAGAAGAAAGAGCUGGUGUCAUGAGAUUUGAAUUGUUUGUUAGCAUGUUGGAGGUUUAUAAUGAGAAAAUAAGAGAUCUCUUGGUAGAUAACAACAACCAACCAGCUAAAAAGCUGGAGAUAAAGCAAUCUGCAGAGGGAACACAAGAAGUCCCCGGACUAGUAGAAUCUCGUGUUUUUGGCACUGAGGAUGUAUGGGCACUGCUAAAGUCUGGAAGCCGAGUUAGAUCAGUUGGAUCCACCAGUGCCAAUGAAAUGAGCAGUAGAUCUCACUGCUUGUUGCGAGUGAGUGUUAAAGGAGAAAAUCUAAUAAAUGGACAAAGAACUAAGAGUCAUCUGUGGCUGGUAGAUUUGGCUGGUAGUGAGCGUGUUGGAAGGAUUGAAGUUGAAGGUGAAAGAUUGAAGGAAUCUCAGUUUAUAAAUAAAUCUCUCUCAGCCCUUGGUGAUGUUAUCUCUGCCCUUGCAUCUAAAACAUCUCAUAUACCUUACAGGAACUCGAAGCUCACCCAUAUACUGCAAAGUUCUCUAGGAGGAGAUUGCAAAACCUUGAUGUUUGUCCAAAUCAGUCCAAGUUCAUCAGAUCUUGGAGAAACAGUUUGCUCAUUGAAUUUUGCUAGUCGAGUCAGAGGAAUCGAGAGCGGACCUGCUCGCAAACAUGCAGAUGUUACCGAGCUGCUCAAGUACAAGCAAAUGGCAGAAAAGUUUAAGCAUGAUGAGAAAGAAACCAAAAAACUACAGGAUAGCGUGCAAUCCUUGCAAUUAAGGCUAGCUGCUCGGGAGCAAAUUUGCCGAAAUCUUCAAGAAAAGGUUCGAGACCUUGAGAACCAAUUGGGAGAGGAAAGAAAGACUAGACUCAAACAGGAGAGUAGAGCAUUUGCAGCUGCUUCUGCUCCAACCUCAUCAGUGUCUCUUUUUGGUCUAAAGCCAGCCGCACAGAAGACUGUACUAGAGAAGAAACCACCAUUGGUUCCCAAUUCUAAGUUGAGGUUACCUUUGCGGAAACUAACCAAUCUCAUGCCCGUUCCUCCUCAAUCCCCUCUACCAAAACGAAGACGGGAGAGUAGCUUUAUCUCUUCAGCAUACGGUAAAGAAAACAUUGCCAAAACAACAGCUGGAUCAACCACCGCAACAACAAACACCAGAAGCCUUUUCCAACCAAGACGGAUCUCCAUUGCUACUACCAGGCCGCCUCCAAAUAGUAAUGCAACUGCAGUUUCACACAAUCUCAAGCCUAGAAGACGAGUCUCUAUAGCAACUUUUCGCCCUGAAUCGAACUUGUCCUCCUCUCACCUAUCAACUCCACUCCGCACUACAGCUUUUAAAAGUGGCAGAUUGUCAAUGGUGAAAGAUCCGCGGAAGGCUCGUUACUCAAGGCUCUUCUCCCCAAUGCCUGAGAUGACAACACCAAUGGCUGCCAGGAGUAGUAAGUUCAUGGGAAGUCCUCCACCAGCAAUGGCAAGUUCCAUUUCAAGGCAACAGCAUGGCGGCAGUGGGGCUGUCAUUGCAUUGCCUCGGAAACCAGUGGUUUGGAGUCCACUGAAGUUGAGAAGCAUAAAAGUCAACAGGAGACCAUCAUUGUUGCCUGCUCGAUCACUGCCUUGAAAUUCAAAUUCAGUGUCGCUGUUUAUAUUCCCAACACAAUUUUAUUUUUUUUGGUCUAAUUCUCCUAACAGAAUUAAACAAUCAUUUGCUUCCUUUUCUAUUUGUAUCUGUAUUGGUCAUUUGCGUUUUAGCAAUUAGCUUGUGUAUUGUAUGCUCCUUGCUUACGAAUUCAUAUCUUCCUUCUAUGAAUGAGAUAGGUUAUUUGUUUACAUUUA